AGCAAAGUCGAAAUCUGUCGGUAAAACAGUGUCAAAAAUUUUCCGCCACAAGCAGUUUUUAAUUUUACUAACCGAUGGCGUUCUGGUCGGCCAGGUGUCCGUUGAAGUUUCAGUUUGAAUUAAGUUUAAAAGGCCGAGGUAGAAAAAGCAACAAGACAAACAUCGUUACGUUCGCGUGAACGUUGGUCAUUGGUUUUCGUUGAGUAAACUUAUUAAUUAUUCAGAUUGAUAUGCUAAUAAUCAACGGAUUACACGACAAUACUCUACUGGUAUUUUACUUUAAACAAUAAGUAGCAAUCGGCGUGUGUGCUCAAUAUUUUCUCUCGACAAAUACGUGCUUCUAUUUCGGUCACCGAGUGAGAAAUGUUACUCAAUUCUAUUUGUAUAUGUUUAUUUAAAAAUGAGACAGUCGUGUUUCUUUAUUCUACUUUUUACCGUCUUGGCGUGCCAAGAUGGAAAUGCUUCGAUACUUGAUUGGGUCUGGAGUAAAAAUUCUGAGGAAUCAAAUGACGUCGUGCCAUCCGACGGCAUUCCCUUGGUCUCCAUCCCUUAUGAAUCCAUGACGGACGAUGAGAAGUUUCUCCAGGAGGCUGCAAAGUUUUCAGAAAUUCAAGUUUCCUCAGCGCUGGAUACUUGUCAGCACAAAGUCGUCAUGAAAAUAAAAACGUCAUGCAGUGACAUGACUGAGGAAGAACUUGCCAAGAUGAGUGUCAGCUUAUUGAAUUGUCAGUCUGCUGCCGAAGGGAGAAAAUUGUUUCCCUGCAACGAGGAAAUGACACUAAGACAAUGCACGACGGAAAUGGAUCCAGAUAUGUGGAAUGCGUAUCAUCUAAUGAGCAACAGAGCAAGAGCUGUAUGUUAUGCAGCUAGAAAUAUUCAGUUUCGAGCUUUAACUGAAAUUACAGUAAAUAAACUGAUGAAUACUGCACAUUCGCAAAUCAAAGCGAUGGGCUCUCUAAAGGAAAGUCAAGAACGUCUUGAAGAGCAAACUGUAGAUGCCUUGAAUUCCGUUGCAACUGGCAACAAGGUUUUACUUGAACAACAGGAAUCGUUGAAGGAAGCCCAAUCCUCUGCUCAUAGUCUGGUGACCAGGAAUCUUCAGAUAUUAAACAACGAAAAGGCUCUCAUCAGGUCUGGCCAUGCACAGCUACUUGCAAUGACGGAUGACAUCAGGAAGAAAUUAGAGAAAGCAAGCCAGGAACUUGCAGAUCAUUCUACGGAACGGAAUGAGAAUCAUCAGGAGGUUUUAGCUGAUUUGAAGAAUAUGCAAGAACAAGCUCAUCAGAUUUGGGAUAGAAUUGAAUCCAGUACCAACCAAAUAUUGGAGCAGAAUAUGGAGGCCGCUGAACAAUAUGAGCAAACUUUGAAACAACUUGAUCAAAUAAACCAAACUGUUCACUUUCUGUUAGACUUGACCAAUACAUUGAAAGCUGAAGUUGACCAAAAACUUGGUUGGAUUACAAAUUACAUUGGCGACACUGGGGAUCAAUUUGAAAAAGUCUAUCGCACUGGAUUGCAUGCUAUAUACUUACUCAUAGCCAUGAUUGUUGCGUCUUUCUUGCAAGCACCUUUUCUAACUAGAUUUACUAUAAUGGGUAUUUUACCACUGAAUCUUUUGUCAUACUUGAAAGAAGGUGCCGAAGCUUCUCUCGAUUUUGGCUCGAUAACUGCGCUCAUAUUUCUAAUAACUGGAAUGCAUUACCUAAUUGUUGGAAUUCAUUAUAUACUCAGACCCAAAGACGUCGCCAUAAAACCAGCUAAUAAUGGUGCCGUGCCAUCAAUAAAUAUACUAGGUGCCAAUAGUACACCGAUCAAUUACAUUAAUGGGCAUAAUGUGAGAAGAGAAGCUGCAGUGAAUGAUACAAAAGAAUCUGUAUUGUUCGUUAUGAUGCAUAAAAUUCUCGGCAUCCCAUCGGCACUUAUUUACCAAGCGAACACAUGUAAAAACAAACUUUGGUCCUGCGUACCAAGAAUGCCGUCUUGGGGUAGAGGUAACUCACAGCUGCUUCACGAAGAAAUGUCAUGUUCGUAUUUACCUUCAAAGAAAUCUCGAGAAGUAUUAAUUACUGAUCGCACGGGACACUAUUCAAAUAUGUCAGACGAUAUGACGUCACCGUCAAUUAACGGAUCACAUCAUUUGUUAGAUGAAAAUUAUGACAACUACAACGAAAGCGAUGAUCUUGUUGAUGCGACAGAACUACGCCGUCGUACUACAAGAAACGGGUCGGUACCUACAAGCAACUUUGCUUAUCCACCGUCACCUUCGAGGAGCAACACACCGUUUAUGACCGGUACCAACAAAAAUCAAUGUGGCGCAUUAACCAGAACUGGAAAACGAUGCCGUUUAUCUUCAAGUCUUGGAGGGAAUUUUUGUCACCGCCAUAGCAAUGGGUCUUCCUUUAUGGGUGAUUAAACUCUAAGGGACGUUAUGACGAGUCUAAAAGAAUAGGUAGUAGACAGGAAUAAUUCCCUCAAAAUAAUCGGUGUUGUCCUACUAUGUGAUAAAGAUUCAGAAGCUGCAGUAAAAUGAACCAAGAUACUGAGAGCGGUGUAUGAAUACCAAUUUUUGCGUGAUCGUUUUAUCUUUAUAAACAAUUAGUUUUUAUCUUGCUCAGUAAAAUCAUUAGACUAUCUAAAUUUACAAAAUAUCUUUAUGUCAACUGCAAUAGUUUUUCCGGUUUUUAUUUGUUGUUUUUUGAUUUAUGGCUUCAAAUAAGUAAUAAGGUAGUACUGACAUUUAUUAUCGCG